UCCUGGUACUGAGCGGUGAGACUGGCGAAGCUGGCGAGCAGGUGACUUCCUGGUAACUCUACCCUCUCGACUGAUCUCGUCUCCCCUCCCUCCCCCACUCUCUGGGUGCAGGCACCUGGGGAGGGCACAGCUUUGAAGUCUCACCUGGGGCCUGUCUACACUUCCUGAGCGAGACGCGGAGCUGUCUCCCCUGCCACGUGAAUGCCUGCGCUCGCCCCGACCUGGGACCCCGAGAUGCAAGUGCUCCCCGGGCAGGGAACCGCGGGACCGAGGUGACGCUCCGGGCGCUUUCUAUUGAGCAAGAUGGAUAACAACACUGGGCUACCUGUCGAAGAGAACUCUACCAUCCAAAGUACUAUGCUAACCUCCCAAAUGGCUGAGGGGUUGCUAGGGACCAGCAUCCUCCCAUUUGUUGACCCAGGCCUCCCCACCAAUGGGCAUGCCCCUCAUCUCAGCAGGGCCUGGAACAGCACCCAGGGCUCCAAACAGCUCUUCCUCACCACCCCACUGGCCCGGGGCAUCUCAGGAUUCUUUGUAUGGUCAGCACUGGUGCUGACCUGCCACCAGAUCUACUUGCACCUGAGAUUCUACACAGUGCCCAAUGAGCAGCGCUACAUCAUCCGCCUCCUCUUCAUCGUCCCCAUCUAUGCCUUUGACUCCUGGCUCAGCCUCCUCCUCCUCGGAAGCCACCAAUACUAUGUCUAUUUCAACUCAGUGCGGGACUGCUAUGAAGCAUUUGUCAUUUACAGUUUCCUGAGCCUCUGCUUUGAGUACCUGGGAGGGGAAAGUGCCAUUAUGACUGAGAUCCGGGGGAAACCUAUCAAGUCCAGCUGUUUCUACGGUACCUGCUGUCUGCAGGGGAUGUCCUAUUCCAUUGGCUUCCUUCGGUUCUGUAAACAGGCCACGCUCCAGUUCUGUAUUGUGAAACCCAUCAUGGCCCUGAUCACCAUUAUCCUGCAGGGGGUUGGCAAAUACAAUGAUGGAGAUUUUGAUCCCCGCACGGGCUACCUCUACACCACCAUUGUCUACAACUUCUCGGUGAGCCUGGCCCUCUACGCCCUUUUCCUCUUCUACUUUGCCACCAGCGACCUUCUCCAACCCUUUGAGCCGGUCCUCAAGUUUCUCACCAUCAAGGCUGUCAUCUUCCUUUCCUUCUGGCAAGGGAUGCUGUUGGCUAUCCUGGAAAAGUGUGGGGUGAUCCCAGAGGUGCAGAUCAUUGACGGGAACGAGGUGGGGGCUGGGACAGUGGCUGCUGGCUACCAGAACUUCAUCAUCUGCAUCGAGAUGCUCUUUGCCUCUAUUGCCUUACGCUAUGCCUUCACAUGCCAGGUGUACUCAGAGAAGAAGGAAAACUCACCAGUGACCGUGGCUCCCAUGCAGAGCAUUUCCAGUGGACUCAAGGAGACCAUAAGCCCUCAAGACAUUGUCCAGGAUGCCAUCCACAACUUCUCGCCCACCUACCAGCAGUAUACUCAGCAAUCUAUGCAGGAGGUCAAAAUACAAGGGCAAAACGGGAACUCGGCCCCUAGCUCCCAUCUUCCUGGUGGCAAGAAGAACAAAAACAUAGAGAAGAGGAUGUUAAUCCUUUCAGAUGAGCUGUAGUAGGACUGUGGAGGGAGCCAAGGAAAGCCUUCCAAGGGGUUAACUUCCACUUGAGGAGUGGUUCCUGGUCAGCACCUCCCCCCCCCAAGGUCAUGCAGAUUGUGGGGGAGGGGAUACUGCAUUCUCCCAUAACAUCCCUCCUUAACAGGCCACCCCCCCCCAAUUUCUAAGAACCGGUUCUGACUAUGGGAGAGGAAGAGCAUGAAACUGCUCAAGAGAGCUCUUUUUCCACAUCUAUGACUGUGGAGUGAGUCUACAAUCCUGCUGUGUUUUCAUACUUGGUAGACUCCCCUCACCCCCAAUCCCACAGCUCACAUUCUUUCAGUGACUGAUAAUAGACUUUCUUGGUGGGUUGCUUUGACUGGGGUCACAGCCUUCAUCAGAGCUCACCAGGAGAGAACCCUCCAUUCUAGUCAAUCAAUCGACAAACAAUCAUUAGGCACCAAAGGUGUUCUAGGAACUGUGCUAGAUGCUGGGCAUACAAAGACAAAAAUGAAAGUCCCUACCCACAAGGAGCUUAUAUUCAUUCUCCUUCACACAGGGACCUCUGAUUUUGUUUUGGCUUUUUUUGUUUUGUGGGGCAAUGAGGGUUAAGUGACUUGCCCAGGGUCACACAGCUAGUAAGUGUCAAGUGUCUGAGGCUGAAUUUGAACUCAGGUACUCCUGAAUCCAUUGCUUUAUCUAUUGCGCCACCUAGCUGCCCCAGGACCUCUGAUUUUGAAUAGUCUGAGGACUGGGGAUGCCUCUGAGCUGACCUAACUUCUGUCUGUAGGAGAACAAGACUCUACUUUCAAUCCAUAGAACCUGAUGUUGGUCUCUUUGCUUGGUCAGUUUCUGGGGAAUGUUACAGGUGGCAGCAGAAGAGGAGAAUCCAUGGGGUGCCCUAAGUUUAGGAUGAUGCUAGGACCUGCCCGGCUUCCCACAUGCCAGACAGCAUUGCUCCUCAGAAUCACCCAGAAGCCAGUGGGCAUCUUUUCAAAAUUCUACCCCCAGCUGCAGCCAAGAACUAAAACGCGCUAAGGGGUUGCAUCAGCCAAGCAAAGAUCUUUGGACUGGAAUUUGUUAAAGGUGCCACCAAAGACCCUUCUCCACUUGCUACAUCUCCCCAUCCUGAAGCAGAAUGAACCAGGAUCCCAGACCUCACAAGCUUGAGACAGGAGUGGGAAGGCUGUCCCAAUUAGCCUGUAGAGGUUUGUAUGGGUGAAAGGGACUCCCUCCUGGAGAUCCUGUCGCCUUCCAGAGUGAACCUAAGUCUGGCCGAAAGCAGAACUGUUGGCGAAUUAGGAACCCAUUCCUUCCCCAUUGGGGCUAUAUGAACAGACUGCAUGGAGGAAGGUGGAGAAAACUUGUUUGGGUUCAGUUAAUCCAGUUCAAUUCAACUCAACACCAUAAGUAUUUACUAAGUAAGUGCCUACUAUGUGAAAUAAGUACAGAAAUCAAAGACAGUCUCUGUCCCCAAGGAACUUAUAGUCUAGGAGAUAGAAAUAAGUAAACAGAAAAGUAAAUACACAGUCAUUUGAGAAGGCAGGGAGAGGAGAAUAAGCAGUAACAACUAGGGAAAUGAGAGAAGGCUUCAGCUGAGCCUUGAAAGAAUCCAGGGAUUCUAACAAAUGAGGAGAGGUGUCCCAGGUAUGGGGAGGAGGCAGAUGGGAAAUGGAGGGCAGAGGGAGGUCCAGGGAGCCACAGAUUCUCAGAGACUUGAGUAGACUUUUUUUUUUUUUUUUUCCUGCUGGAGACACAGAGAAGUAAAGGAUUAUCCCCUGGACAGAUGUUUAUAAUCAAGGUACAUUCAGGGAGGAUUAAAAACAAACAAAAAAACAUGAA